CACCACCUGGCCAGACAUGGCGGCAGCAGUAGGUAGGAGAUGGAGACCUGAGCUCCUUGUCCUCCGUGCUGGCACUGGCAGCCUCUCCAGCCUCCUGCUUCUGUGCUGGUUACAUGGAGGAGGCGGGUACUGGGCCAAAAAAGAAAAGCCCCAGUGUUGAAGCUUCUUCCAAGGUUCAUUCCAUGCUCAUAUUUGGUGCUGGCUGCACAGGAAUUUCCCGGCAUCCCUCGCACGCCUGUCUGUCACCCUGGCUUGACAUUAGAGACACCACAAGGGGAGGGGAGAGGCAGCAAAGUAAAGGUGGACGACACUGACACGGAGCUAUCCCAUGCGCCUACUGCCGCUCUCCGUCCUCCUGCUCUGCCUCUCUAAAGCAGCUGUUGUCCCUGUUCUUUGCCCCUUCGUUUUGUUGGUGAGGAUAUCACAGUGAUGUCUGCAUUCAACCUGCUCCAUUUGGUGACAAAGAGCCAGCCAGUGGCCCUGCGGGCCUGUGGGCUUCCCUCAGGAACACGAAAAGAGAAAAAGACUUGCAAGGUUGUAUUUACUGAGCAAGAAUUAAGGAAACGACUGACACCAAAGCAAUAUCAUGUCACCCAAGAAAAGGGGACAGAAAGUGCCUUUGCCGGAGAAUACACCCAAAAUACAGCACCUGGGUUAUACAAAUGUGUGGUCUGUGGAGCAACUCUUUUCAGGUCUGAAAAAAAAUUUGACUCCAACUCAGGAUGGCCUUCAUUUUUUGAUGUUGUCAACCCAGAAGCAAUAACGGUUACCGAUGAUUUUUCAUAUGGGAUGCACAGAGUAGAAACAAGCUGUAGUCAGUGUGGUGCUCAUCUCGGUCAUGUUUUUGAUGAUGGUCCACGUCCAACUGGUAAAAGAUACUGUAUAAAUUCUGCAUCAUUGAACUUCAUACCAGAAGAGUCAGGUGGAGCUGAAGGAAGUAGUUCCUUAGAUCCACCUGGAAAGACUGAAUUUUAAAACAAAGUAAAAUCUUAUAAAAAUGUAACAUUUAACAGCCAUUCUCUGGACUAUGCAUUUUCUGAAUUGUUUUCCAGAAUAUAAUACUCACUGUACAUUCACUAUUUCCAUAUUGUAUAGCUGCGGUCAUGUUUAUGCUCUUCCAAAGAAUUAUUAUUCAAAAUGUAUUUAUUUGCAAUGCUGUUACUUCUAUAUACAUAACUUAGUAAGGUACAUUUAACAUAAAUUAUGAAUUCCAAUUUUAUGAAGAGACAGAAUAACACUGUUUAUAUCUGGGCCCUAUUUCUCCUCUUUCCUUAUGUGAACAAUGUUAACAAGCAGUAUUUUGGUGUGUUAUACAGCUUAAUGGUACGGAAUGGGUACACUAUAGUGUGUCGUUUAUGUGUACAUUCAGAAGAAAAUGGAAAAAUAAAAACAGUGGAAAGAAGGACGCUGAAAUGUUGGCAACAUUAAACCUUUUAUAUUUGUUUUCUAUGGAGUUUACAAAAAUAAAAUAAGAGCUGCAAGAUUAAAGGACAUCUGCAGCGUGAUUAACACUUAUCCCCUAUCCACAAAAUAGGGGUUAAGUGUUUGAUUGCGGGCGGUCCGACCGCUGGGACCCCCUGUGAUCUCCUGUAUGGGGCCGCGGCUGUCCCGUGCAGGGGGUGUGUCGGCCGCAGCAUGACGUUGCAGCCGGCACGCCUCCUCCAUACAUACGGGGAGGAGACGGGGUGUCACCGUCGACCUCUAGGUCAACGCUACGCGCCUUAGUGCUCACCAUGAGCGCUAAUGGCGGUCCCCCGUUAGGGAGAUCGAGGGGGGGUCCCAGCGGUCGGACCCCCUGCAAUCAAACCCUUAUCCCCUAUCCUGUGGAUAGGGGAUAAGUGUCACACCGCUGCAGUUGUCCUUUAAGGAGUUCUCAACAGGUUUUGUUAGUAUUGUCUUUACAUUAUUGUUUUAAGUUUAUUUUUUUUUCAUACUUUCUGUUUACAUAAAUGAAUUAAAAAAAAAAUGCCCUAUACAGUCAUCUGUGUACAAAUAAACUUAUAAAAUACAAAAGUGUAUAUUUGAUUUGUUACGCAAUUACAAUAAUAUAUUAUUUUCUGAUAAAGUUAAAGCUUCCCUGUCAUAUUUUUUGCAUAAACGAGUUGUACUAGUCUAUUAAAAAAUCUUAAUCCUUUCAGUACUUAUGAGCUGCUGAAGUUGAGUUGUUCUUUUCUGUCUAAGUGCUCUCUGAUGAAACCUGUCUCGGGAACUGUCCAGAGUAGAAGCAAAUCCCCAUAGCAAACCUCUUCUACUCUGUGCAAUUCCAGACACAAGCAGAGAUGUCAGCAGAGAGCACUGUUACCAGACAGAAAAGAACAACUCAACUUCAGCA